AUGAAUGGCCCACUACCAACCCGCCUUGUCUUCAUGCACGAGCUGCCAUCUCUCCCUUUACAUACCAAAGUCAGAUUUCUAGGAUGCGUUGCACGAUAUGAUAUCAAGCAAGGCAGACUGGAGCUCGAGCACAAGUUCUCCUCUCCUACCAAAGACGCAAAAAACAAAAGCCGCCGUAGUAGUGACCAUACUACGAAAGUGCUAGUUGACAUUUACCACGUCCUCGACACCAUCAAAGCAGAUGAAUUGCAAAUCGGCACUUGGCUGAAUGUCUUUGGAUAUAUUAGACCUGAGGAUUUGCAGGGAGAAAGGGAUGAUGCUGCUGUCUACGUGCAAGCCGUCAUGAUAUCUGAUGCCGGUGCCAUACGUGUUGCUGAAUACGAGCAGAGCGUGUCGGAUAUGCAAGCAAUAAAUCGGAGGUUUCGACGGGGCCUUUGA